AUGACUCACUGGCAUGUGUUCUCUUUUGUGUUUUGGGGUACAACCAGCAGCGUGGAGUCCCCCCUGAUGUGUGACGGUUCGGAGCCGCAGCCGGGCAGCGGCAGCAGCAGCUCCGGGGGCAGCUUGUGUAGCUCCAUCACGGCGUGUAAGAAGGUGCUUCGCAGCAGCAGUCUGCUGGAGUCCACGGAUUACUGGCUGCGGAACCAGAGGACGCCCUGCCAAAUUGGUUUUGUGGAAGACAAGUCCGAAAACUGUGCUUCUGUCUGCUUUGUGAACUUGGAUGUGAACAAGGACAAGUGUAGCACAGAGCAUCUGCAACAGAAGCUAGUCAACGUUUCACCAGAUCUUCCAAAACUUAUCAGCUCCAUGAACGUCCAACAGCCAAAAGAAAAUGAGAUUGUCCUGUUGAGUGGGUUAACAUCUGGGAAUCUUCAGGCAGAUUUUGAAGUUCCACAGUGUCCUUGGCUGCCAGAUAUUUGCUUGGUCCAGUGUGCGAGAGGGAACAGGCCAAACAGUACCAAUUGCAUCAUCUUUGAAAUCAACAAAUUUCUGAUCGGCCUGGAACUUGUGCAGGAGCGGCAGCACCACGUGGAAGCAAACACCGUGAAACUGGAGGAUGACACUAACUGUUCCUUGUCCUCUAUUGAGGAGGACUUCCUCACCGCAUCGGAGCACUUGGAGGAGGAAGGCGAAGGGGAAGACUACAGGAACGGUUUUGAAAAUAUAAAUGUCUCUGCCAGUGUUUUGGAAAGUAAAAAGCCACAGGAAGCCACCCAAGAGGAAUGGAAUUGCAACAAGGAAAAGUUGCUUUAUGCUUUGGAAGACAAAUAUAUUAACAACUAUCAUACAUCAUUGAUUCAGACCAAAGGAUCUCUAGAAAACAUAGCAGAAGAAACAGACUUGAGGAGCCUGGAUCCUUCAGUCAAGCCAUCACAGUGGAAAGAUGGAGCUGGGGAGAAUUUGAGACCAGCCACCGAUUAUUACAGUUCAGAAAAUGUUAAGGGUCAAGUGGAAAAUUCACGGGCACGUUCUGCUCCAGAUGGUGCUUAUUUCACCAGGUUGGUUAAGAACGAUGUGUCAUCUACAGGUGGCAGCAUCACUGACCAUGACAGCAGCUUGCAGCCAGGAGCCCCUGGAGGCAGAAGACAGUCUCUUCCCCACAUACAAGAUGGAGAAGCUGCAACUGGAGAGUACGCUAUGAAUUUAGCAGAAUCCGUGCUGCAAGAUGCAUUUAUUAGGUUAUCUCAGGCUCAGCCUCCACUAUCCCAGGAAUCUGCCAUCAGUAUUUCUGUAGGAAGCAGCAAGUUUCCCAGUGGCUGCUCCACAGAAGACAUAGUGGUCCCUCAGUCGUGGAGUGAACUCCCCAAAAUCGUCAUAGUUCAGAGUCCAGAGGGCAGUGAUGCUGCCACGGAGCCAGGCAUCUGUUCGUGGCCUGACUCAGAAGUCUCCACUGACACCCCAGGCACCCUCCCUGGAGAGAACUCAGGCAGGCACCCCCAGAGUGCCCUGGAAGUAGUGUUGGCUUGUGCUGCCACUGUGAUUGGAACCAUUUCCAGUCCACAGGCCACAGAAAGACUCCAAAAGGAACAAGAAUCCUUACUAUCAAGCCGUCUGCUGGGAGGCAAUGGAGCACGGCAAACUCAAGCCUGCCAAGUACUGGAAGAACCUCCUGUCGGUGAAUACUCCUUUCCAUCUGCUUUGUGUGGCAUGACUCAGGUAGCAAGUGCUGUUGCUGUCUGUGGCCUGGGUGAAGUGCAAGAGGGGAUGUCCCCUGUAGGGACAAGUGGCCUCUUGUCUGAAGCUCAGGCUCCCACAGCACUCCCCCCACUUGGUGGUUUAACGACAGAGAGGAGCAGGGAGGUGGGGAAUGAGGCCAUUGCAGAGGCACUGCUCAAGGAAGCCACACUGGUUUUAAUGAGGCCGAACUCCUACAGCAGCAUUGGAGACCUCCUGGAAUCAAUGAACAGGAGAAUCAUAGAAACCGUUUCAAGGCCACAGACCCUGUGCACAGACAAUGUCCUCCAGAAUGAACUGGCAAAGAACCUGUCCAAUGUGAUCCUGAAGCAUUCCAUGGAUGAAGUUCUCCAUAAAAAUAAAAUAACGGAACCCAGUGAUGGUAGGCAUCCAUCCGAUACCCUGGACACGUUGAUGGAAAGUACAAAUCAGCUUCUCUUCAAUGUGAUCUGCUUCACAUUCCAGAAGAUGAGCCAUCUCAUACAACUCAGUGAAGGCCCCCCUAUCCUUUCUAAGGAGGCCAUCAGAUGGAGGGAAGCAGAAAUAGGCUGCCAGCUAACUGAUCAGGCUGCCAGUCAAGCAUGGGCAAAAGCCACUGAAAACACCAGCAGCCAUUCAACUAGCAAUCCACCCAACACUAGCCUUGUCAUUAAAGAAAUUGUAGAUGACAUGCAUCCAAAACGAGACAGCAAGGGUGGGGCGAGGCAAGGCCUCUUCAAGAGUCCCACUCUGCAACCUGAAUUGACAUAUAGUCACAGUGUGCAUGACUCCUCGACAGCUAAAACAUCUCCAAAGGAAAUACAUCUGAAAGGAACUAUGGGAGAUGUUACAAAAAUCCAUUAUCAGAUGCCCAGUCUCAAUGAGAGUGAACACAGGACCUCUCCAGAGGAAGAAAGGGCACCUCCGGCCAACAAAUGCAGAAGAGGAUCCCAGAAUAUUGAAGACAGCAUCAACCCAAACACCCAGGGAAAAGGCAGUGAUGACAUGCCUCUCAACAAUGAAGUUCAAGUCAGCCUGUCUUUGUUAGAGAAUGACUUGCUGCUUCCCACUCAGUCCAUGCUACAAGCAAAACACACAGACAUAUACUGCAUCACAGACUUUGCGGAAGAAUUAGCAGAGACAGUUGUCUCCAUGGCAACUGAAAUUGCAGCGAUUUGCCUUGACAACUCCAAUGGCAAACAACCCUGGUUUUGUGCAUGGAAAAGAGGAAAUGAGUAUCUGGUUACACCAAACCUGUCCUGCCGAACCUUGAAGAGAAAGAAGGAGAACCAGGCCAGUGGGGCCACGGUCAGAAAGCACAAGCCACCACGGCUCAGUGAGAUCAAGAGGAAAACGGAUGAGCAUCCUGAGCUGAAAGAGAAAUUGAUGAACAGGGUUGUGGAUGACUCUGUGAACGUCGAGGACGUCCCAGAUUCUGUCAGUAUCUUUGCAAAUGAAGUGGCAGCCAAGAUCAUGAACUUGACGGAAUUCUCCAUGGUAGAUGGGGUCUGGCAAGCCCAGAGCUAUCCACGGACUCGCUUACUUGGCGACAGGUGGAACCGGCUGAAGGCCUCCAGCUGUGAAAGCAUUGCGGAGGAGGGCGCUGACACUAGCGCCUGUGUAAAUAGCCUGGGUUUUGUGAGCACCUUAAGUCAGCCGGUGAGCCGGGCCAGCUCUGUCUCCAAACAGUCCAGCUGUGAGAGCAUCACCGACGAGUUUUCCAGGUUCAUGGUCAACCAGAUGGAAAACGAAGGGAGAGGGUUUGAGUUACUGCUGGACUACUACGCCGGCAAAAACGCCAACAGUAUUUUGACCUCAGCUAUACAACAAGUGUGUCAGAAAACUGAGCACCUGAGUGUGAGGCCAAGCUGUCCCUCCAAGCAGUCCAGCACAGAGAGUAUAACUGAGGAGUUCUAUAGGUACAUGCUGAAGGACAUUGAGCGAGAAAGCAAAGACAGCCCCUUAGCCAGGAGAAGCAGCCAGGACUGGACGAUUAGCCUCCUGCCUCCUCCCCUGCGAGCCCCAUUUUGCUAUAGACAGUCGUCCAUGCCAGACAGCCGAUCGCCAUGCUCCAGGUUAACAGUGAGUGCUCCCGUCAAGGCCAACUCCUUAGAUGGCUUUGCGCAAAACAACCGGCAAGAUUUCCUAAGCGUGCAGCCGGUCAGCAGCGCUUCCUCCUCGGGUCUCUGCAAAUCUGACUCUUGCUUAUAUCGCAGAGGUGGGACGGACCACAUCACAAACAUGUUAAUUCACGAAACGUGGGCAAACUCCAUCGAGGCCCUCAUGAGAAAGAACAAGAUCCUAGUAGAUGAUGUCGAGGCAGCUGAGCCCGGGCCUGUCGCCAGCGGCUCCCCCAGGCCAGGGGAGAAGUGUGCCAACAGAGUAGCUUCAAGCAGAAUGCAAAGUGGGCCAGCCCUGCUUGUUCAGGAGUCUGUUGACUACCCGAGGAGAGACUCCCUCACGGAAAGCAAACAUUCUUUAGUAUCAUCUCCAAGCAGAUCUGCUUCUGUUAGGAGCCACAGCAGCAUAGAUUCUAAGAAGGAAUCUUCCACCUGCCAUGAUGCUGUCCCUCCAAACCACAUCAGGCGAUCACUCUGCUCAAGGGAAGUGCCUUUAAUUCAGAUUGAAACAGAUCAAAGAGAAGAGCGUGUUGGAGAACCUGAAGACUUCCUUACCCAAAGCGGUUCCCACGAGGAAGUAGAAGGGCAUUCCAAUGAAGAAAAACUCCCAGGUGUGGCAACAGGUGGAGACACAGAGACGAGCACUUGCCCAAACCAUAGUGACAGCCUGGAUGCCAGAGAUGCACAAGAGACUGAAGUCUCAACAGAAGCCAGAAACCCCGAUGAGUUUCUUAACCCUCCCAGCAGUGGUGAGGAGAGCACAGGCAGCUGGUCCCAGCUUGCCAAUGAAGACGACAACCCUGAUGACACAAGUAGCUUCCUGCAACUCAGUGAACGAUCCAUGAGCAAUGGCAACAGUAGUGCCACUAGCAGUCUUGGCAUUAUGGACCUGGACAUUUAUCAGGAAACCAUGCCAUCUUCUCCCAUGAUUAAUGAAUUAGUAGAAGAAAAGGAGAGUCUUAAAGGACAGUCAGAACACAUAGAGGAGCAUGCCUCUGGACUGCCCGGGGGACCAGCCAGCCACCAGCGGAGCCUGCUGGUGAUCAACUUUGACGUGGAGCCUGAAUGUCCCGACGCUGAGCUACGAGCCACUCUGCAAUGGAUAGCCGCCUCUGAACUUGGGAUUCCCACCAUCUACUUUAAGAAAUCUCAGGAAAACAGAAUUGAAAAGUUUCUAGAGGUCGUGCGGCUGGUUCAUCAGAAGUCCUGGAAAGUGGGGGACAUCUUUCACGCAGUCGUCCAGUACUGCAAAAUGCGUGAGGAGAAGGAAGCCAGAACCCCGAGUCUCUUUGACUGGCUCUUGGAACUGGGAUAA